GUAGAAUCAACUCUGAUGCAUUUUGUUUUCCAGCAUUUUUCCAAACUAUGAAGUGAUCAAUAUGACUUUCUAGUCUCUAUUGUUCAAGUGAGAACUACGAGAAAAUUGUUUGCACUAUACGCCAGAGAAAAACGAAGCUUGUUCUUGGAUAAAUACUCCAUCAAUCUUUAUGAGUACGAUGGUGUGUCGUCGUCGCGUCACGUUGCGUCUUGCUAUAGGUCAGGGUGUGCUCGUCUCGGCAUUACUCCGACGAGGUCCGGAGCAGCGCGAUGCUGCAGCGGCCGCCACAGGUCAUGUUAGAAGCGUUUCUAGAAGCACCUCUCGUGCUUCAGCGCGGGUGGCCGCGUCAUCUUCUAGCAGACCCCAUCCGGAGGACUCGAACCCUGCCGAGACGCGACAAGUGGACUUGGAGACCGAUGAUGAAGGCCACUACCACGCUCCGACAGGUUGUAGCCCUAGCUCAUACAUCACCCGACUACCGAUAUUAUGCGCUUGAUUAGUUUUUGACAGAAAUCAAGGAUGCGUAGUAUGUGAAAUGAUGAUCGCUGUGAGCAAUAGACUUUUGACAGAGUCUGCUUUGUGGUACCUGCAUUUCCUAACAACAAGUAACAUAGAAGCAGAAAGAUCUGAGUUCCAGGCUCAGACAGAAUUUGUUUGUUUUAAAGGAAUAUAGCGUACUUUGGUAUUCCGCGGUCCAUCACAUAGAUGACAUCGAGUUUUAUUUGCUUUACAGUGUAGACGUUCAAGUGAGGCGGAACUCUAAGACUGGGAUCUCUUCCGGUACCCAGCGACUUUGCUAGUGGCAGCUUUUCACCGAUUUUGAACGCGCUGUCCGGUAACGGCAACUUCGGCAACUCGCCUGGCGGUUACACUCCGUACACACGAGGCAGACACAAGGAUGACGAUGACGUGUCGCUAUCCGGUGUCAUUGAUGUGGAAGCAGACACGUCAGGGCACCGAAAUCCGGGUCAUAGGCGAUCACCGGAGGAGCACGUCACUGUGGGAACGAGCAGCGGAGUGGGGGCACAACCACGCGGGGAAAGCAGAAGUGCGGCAGCUUUCAGUACCGGAAGAGCAGAAGAUACGGGAGCACAGUUCGUAGAAGAUGCUGAUGUCGAAGGCAAUAGAGGGCAGGCUGCUGGCGCUGCUUGGCCCUACCGGCCAUUCGAUGUUGAUGUGCAUGAGCACGCGUCAGGAAUACAGCAGGUUAUGGCGCGACAAUGCAUGCGGCAUCCGGGGCGAGUGUUUUGCGCACUCGUCGCAGCGCUCUGCGUGCCUGCAGUAGCGCAGCAUGGACACGAGUGGGUAGGUGCAGCACGUGGCGACAUCGCGGCCUUGAGCGGUGGAGCUGGAGAGGAAGAAUGGGUGACGCUAUCGUCCACUGCAGCGCCUCCGAGUACCUCGUCGUCCUCGCACUACGCAUAUCGGAAAGCGAUUCCCACCACCGCCCCGCCAAGUGCGCCUAACUAUGAGUACGAAUAUCGAAAGCCGGCGCCACCAACGGCCGUCGAGAGUGUGGGGGAUAUGAUGCGUCGCUCUCGGAUGGAGGGUAUGGAUCCGUCAUUAGCAAACGCAGCUGGUGGCUACUCGAGUACAAAGGGAGCAAGCGAGUUCCACUCCGAGGCGAAUUCAGUGCCUCCUAUGGCCGGCGCGCCUAUUGCACCGGGCUCGGUCAGCACAGCCACCGAGAUCGGGGGCCUCAGUGCGCAAGGGCCGCCGUCGGGUCAGCCUGGAACCGUAGUGCAGAACGCAGGGGGAGUGAGCAUUCCACCUCCACCCCCCGGGGCGCCGACGCCGGUUGCAGUACAAGAAGGCGCAUCAGCAGACGCGUCAGCAAGUCCGGUACCGGCUCAACCCUCUACCAUCGCGCAGCCGGAUGCUAGUGCACAGGCAGGCGGGGCAGGUGCUUACGGGGUUUCCUCAAGCAGCAGUCGGCCUACCAUCAUGAAUGUCACCACGUCGACGUCGCAGACGACUACCCCGGAAGAGCGCAUGAACCCGUUUGUUGCCGGAACUGAUCAGUGCUUCGCGUUGGUUUCGCUACCCGAAAAAGCACCUGCCGUCUGGGAGCGAUUGCAACGGGACUUCAUGCAGAAUUACUUCAGUUUCUACUGCUCUGAGAGCGACCUGCGUGCGCAUAUGGGAGAGUCGUGGUUUGACCGGCCCUCUGGGAUUUAUGACAAGCACGACCAUCUGGUCGCAAAACCGAGCGCGAGUGUCGUUUCUCCUCGUCGUAAUGCGUCGGCGGAUGCCUCAGGCGUGCCACUGCAGCAAUCGUCUUCGUCUCAGAGCACGCUGAAAAGGGAGGCACUCUCCAAUUCUUCUAGCAAGUUGAACCAUGUGCUAUUCCGCAAAGACGGGGACACUUCGGCACAGAAGGCUUAUGGUUCUGUUUCAUUCAAAAAAUUGCCGCUACUCUUAUUCAAGAACACGUUCUAUAAGUUCAUUCUCAGUUGAGUAGUUUUGCUGCAUAAAAUCUUGCAACAGGAGGCACACCAGAUAUUUCCCAGAUGUAUUUUUUUUGUUUUGUUUUGCAAGCAAAAACAGAGUUAGUGAUGAAGCUGUUGGAGGAUCCUGCGUAGUCCAACUAGAUCCUCUUGUAAUCAACGCGCUGCUCUCCUCGUACACGUACGUCAAGCACAGGGUUAGUACAGUUGUACAUCAAUUCUAAUUCAUUUUUUUUGUUUUGUAGUUGUCCGCUUCAAAAGUAGACGAGCAUAUAAGUACACGCAAGCAAAGUCACUAUCUUUCUCUACUAGCAGGUCUAAUAGCCGAAGCGUCUUGAAAACAAAAUCGAGGCGCGUGAGGACCUCGCAUUCCAGGACUUUUUGGAUUUGUACUUGCAAAUGUGGCAGUCCUCACUGGUGAACGUGGAGUCCUUCUGCCAAAGAUUUGGGGUCGGGAUCAAUGAAGAGACUGCGAACCUGCGGUUCCUUGCGUUUCGUGCUCGUGCGGCGACCGACGUCGUUCAUAUGGAAACGGAAAACUAUCACCACGCAAAAAGAGUGAGGGAUGCCUUUGCGCGUGCGGAAGGCUUGGUCCAGUCGAAAAACGAAGAGGCCCGUACGAGCGGAUAUGAUAGAUUAGUUAUUCUAAAGAAUCUAGUAGCGAAUCUGAGACUACUUAAAUUAUCUCGGAGAGCUAUUCGUAGCCCAGAGUGCUAAGUCUAAAGUACUGCAUGCCUUCAUCUAGUGGGACUAAAUGUUUUACUAGGUAGUCAUGAUUUGUUUCGACGUGAUCCGAUGCAUGACUUUUCUUUUUACAUUAACUGCAGGUGAUGAAUCGGCCAUCACCCUGCAGAAGAACGCAGCGCACUGGGCAAUGGAGACGCGCGAUGCCUUGAUUGCCGUUCGGGGGGCGCAAGCGCGCGUCGCAGCAAUUCAUAGGGAAUGCUUGCAGCGAGAGCAAAACGGCUUCGACAACAUCUUCGGUGGCAUCGUCCAGGAAGAGGCCCCGGCGACAAAAGAUUUCGUUGUACUUAGUAAUCUGAGUUAAGUAGGUUCAGGUGGUACUUCUCGUCAGGUUUCAACACCUAGAAUUAUGGUUUAAGCAUAUCCUCUUCUCGUCCUGGACGAUAAUUGUACUUUCGGUCAUUCUGACGGCCUCCCACGUCUAAGAAAAAUACAUCUAACAACAAAUAAUUAGUACGUCAGGGCACUUUUGACGCGCCGAGCCUGGAGCUAGAGGGUAGUGGGUGUCCGCAACUUUCUUGGUUUUUGCCGGAAUCUCAUCAAUGGCUUGAGACUUCUACAGAGAUUGCGCUCACCCAAUUUCUGCAGUCCCAGGUGGAACAACGCUUCCUGCAGUAUGGUUCUGAUGUUCCCACGGCGUAUAUCGUUAAGGCUACGACUGUUCCUACCUUUUAGCUCGAGGAAAAACAACAAGUAUAUCGCUUUUAUUGGUUGGUGUACUAUAAUAGCAUAAACAUGGGCUUCUGGCAAGGCUCCCCAGCUUGUUUUUGCUGUAAUGUAUCUAAUGAGCGCGAGUAUUUGGGGACAAGACAAACUAUGGAGUAUCAUGCGCAAACCGACGACGGGGCUUGGGAGGACUAUGCAGCGCCUAAAACGGUAGCUCCAAAGAGCAGUGCGCCUACAACAACGGUCGCUCCAAAGAAAUCUUCUAGAAGUGAAUUUUUGUAUGGAAAGACAGCUCCGACUUCUGUCACCGCUUCGCCAGGUACUACUGCAGCUAGCCGUGGGACUGAGACUACUUCUCCGCAGGAAGCAUUAGCAGCCUCUACCAGCCGUAGUCCUACAGCCCCUCCAACCACAAGCCUUAUCAAACAUGCGUCUGCGCGAACAACAGGAGAAAAAGUGGUGUUGGAGCACGAUGCUCGGCGAGUUUCUGCCAUGGACGAAGAGUCGAGCACCCCAAUGGUAGCUGUGCUGCCUCUGGAUUGGUCGGUUAGAGACCCCAGUCGUGAGGUAGCUUUCAAAUGGAAGUCAAAAAGCGAUGACUUGGACGCCUACUCUUAUCUUACGGCUCGUAAUGUGGCGUAACGGUUGGCGUAUUAGAGUUUCCGUUUCGUAUUGCUAUUGAUUCAUGACGCGUGUCGCCCUCCACAGAGAUUGAAAAGUCACUGUAGUAAAGAUACGAAUAAAGAAAGUCACGCACUUCUAAUUUUUUGCCGUGGCUUGUGGCUGAGGCGCGUACAAAAGAGGCGGCUGAGCCACCGAUUGUGCCAGGUUACUCUAUUAUGAAAAUCGGAAUUUUUAUAUUGAGGAUUAAAAAACUUAAACUUUGAUGUAUCGGAACUCGCUCGCACUACAAAAAAAAAAACAAAAAAAAAAAAAUCGUGACGAUUUGGUUUGCAUUGUUUAGUAAAGUCAUUGCCUAGACGGGGUUUGAGAAGAAAGUCUCUAACUCUUGCUCGUCCAGCCGAGGUGCGCCUCUGCCUCCAGUCUUAGGCAAUGCCCUCUUGCGAAACCCUUACCGCAGGGAGUGCCUGCAUAAGUGGUCCUACGUGCCGCCGAACCUUGUCCCGGAGCCACUGUCGCGUUUAUGUUAUAGUUUUGUAAUUACGUCAGUCGUAUCAGGCGGGAAUUCAUUCAUGAAUCGCUAUGACGAUUUUAUCUCUGCUUGGUGUUUGGCAUCAGCCGAAAUUUGUAAUAUCAUGCGCUCGUCUAAGUUUCCAUCCAAACAUCAAGGGGGAGGAGAUGCCGGCGCUGUCGCAGCCAGGUUUCGAUGUUGCGGGAGUCACUAACCUCGUCAUGCGGACCAAAAGACCGACGCAGGAAAAUGCAGAUUCAUAA